CACCGCUUUAACCAAACGCGGUGAAUGUAUGGGUGACGUGGCGUGCUGUGAGGCGUCGGAUCGUGGGAAGAAAACCACGAUCCGCGUCUCACCGCAUCUAACGGCCACGGUGAAAGCACAUUGGCGCGGAAUGCUGACGCAAACAAACACGGGUUAUUCACCGUGUUUGUCUAACGCGGUGAAUACCCCGUGCUGUCCACAUCAGCAUCUUCACCGCGGCCGACAAAAACGGUGAGGUAUUCACCGUUUUUAACAAAGGCGGUGAACACUUCACCGUUUUAGUUUAAAACGGUGAAGUACUCACCGUGUUUGUCAAACGCGGUGAUGACCUUCACCGUUUUAGACAAAGACGGUGAUGCUCAAACAUGUGUAGUUUUGGAAUUUUUUUUAUAACUAAUGUAUUUUGGGAAUUUUUUUUAAAAACUAGUGUACUUUGGGAUUUUUUCCUAUUUUUACCUGAUCAUGAUAGAGAAACAUAAUGUCAGUGAUGGCAAUGAGGCGGGUACCUUAAUACUCAUUUCCCACAUUAUUGCGGGUCGGGACAAGUAAUAUCCGGACGAGUACGGUGUGGGGCCUAUCGACCCACUCUUAUAUGUUAUAUGAAAAAAUAUACCCAAAAUUUUACCUUUUACGAUAAAAUGAAUGGGGAAAAUACUUUAUGAAUGAAAAAUAGUGAUAAUAGAAAGGAUAAUUAAGUAUAACUAGUUGAAAUGUUGAGUCUAACUAAUUGAUGAAAAGUCAAAUUAUGAUAAAUAUGUAUAGAUAUCGUAAAAAAAAAAAUUGAGGUAAAAUUGGCCAAGAACGAGACGGGGCAGGAUGGGUCGGAAGCAGAUGAUCUUGCCUCGUCCCACACUACUACAGGUCGGGAUACCCUCCCCAUCGCGGGUCUAAUCAGGUAAUACCCAUAUAACGGAUGCUACAUAAUGUGCUAUAACCUUUUUUUUAGGCAAAAUACACUUGUAUAGCCAAAACUUUCGCGUUUGUGCCAAUAAUAGCCAAAUUUGACGAAAUACCACUUAUAGCCAUUUCCGUCCAUUAGUGUUAAGUAUGACUGGACAAACGGAGAUGCUGAUGUGGCGAGCACUUCCAGCCAAUUUAGUCCAUAAAAAUCCACGUGGAUUUAGGAAACGAAAAAAAAAAUUAAGGAAAUAUAGCAGAAAAACACUAAAAUGAAGGAAUAAAAAUUUCAAAUGGAAUUUUUUAAUAUCCAUCCUUCCACUUCUUAUUAUAAUUACAUGAAAAAAAACAAAAAAAAAUGAUACGCAAAUCCCUCCUCACCACUGCCGUAACAUUCUCCCCAAGCCCAGAUCCAUGGUGGAGAGAAACAGAGACGGUCACUCAAAUCACUAAAUCGCUUCCCUCGCCUGUAACAUUCUCCCCAAAUCCCUCAUGUAAAUCACGAAAUCGCUUCCUCGCCUGUCUUUCCGGCCGCCACGCUUCUCAUUCUGCCACUCAAAUCUGAAGAUUCCUCCACCGUCGUCACUGGCGCAACAUCUCUCCUUCAUUGUCACGAUUAGCUGAGAGAGAGAGAGAGAGAGAGAGAGAGAGAGACGAUGAGGUGGAGUCAACCUUGGCGCACAAUCCCCACACUAUGUUGUUGCUUUGUCUUCUACAAUCGUUCGAAAGGAGCUGAUAAUUGGAAGAAGUCAUCGCCGCGAGAAUCACUUCGAUUUUCCCUCGAUUUAUUGGAAAUCGCCUAUCCCAGAGAUCGCCCCAAUCAUUGGCGGAAGAUGGAUCGACACUGGGUUUGGAAAUCGACGCUGGGUUUCAGAUCUUUAUCUCUCAUCUCAGCCCCUUCGUCCUGCACCUCAUUUUCUCUUGAUGAUUGCUUGGAUUUCCGCGGGGCGGACUGUAGGUUGGUGGGUGGGUUGAACUGUUGCCGGAAUGGAGAGGACGAGACGGAGGUUGGACUGCACGAACGGAGAGGACGAGGACGAGACGAGGAUCAGCGGAGGACUCUGUCGGUGGGUGGGUUGAACGGUUGCCGGAGCUUGGGAAGACGACAAAGUUGGGGAAGAUAGGUUAGAUGAGGUAUAUGAGGGUAAAUUUUUUUUUAAUAAUUAGAAUAAUUAAAUAUUAAAUAAUUAAAAUAUUAAAUAUGAUGUGUAAAUAUUAAAUCUCACGUGUCACAAUUCGCUUAUUUGGCGCUGACGUGUCUGUUGAGUUGGCGCGUAGCCAGCAAACCGUCAAAUAAGUUGACGGUGUUAAUAACACCGUUAAAGUAUCAAACGGAAAUGGCUAUAUUUGUCCUACAACAUUUUAAAAACUGGCUAUAAGUGGUAUUUCGCCAAAUUUGGCUAUUAUUGGCACAAAUUAACUAUACAAGUGUAUUUUGCCUUUUUUAUAUAAAAACUUGUUUUGCUGCCAGCCCGAUGUAACCGUAGAAGAAUGUUAGGUAAGUCAAAAGCCCAACUACAAGAGUGAUUCCAGACCACAUGUUUACUAGUUGGCUAAGAAGUGGGCUAUAUCUAUCAUACGUAUUGAAGAAGUAAAACAGUGGGCUAUAUGACAGAGUAUAAUACUGUUCGGUUCGGUCUUUGAUUCUCACGAAUUUUACUAUUAUUGAAAAAGUGAUGAACCGAACUGAUAUUUGAACAUGAUCAAACUAAACCAAAUAGACAGAAUACAAUAAUGACUCAAUUUUUGAGUCUAAGAUAUAUUUUACUAGUGAAUCACGGUUGUUAUUAGUUUGAAGUGAACCGUUGCACACCCUACCAUUACUCUUUAGCAUGCUAGCAGGGAUCUGGUUGUCUAAUUCCAUGCCAGUUCUUUCUAUUAGUUUUCUUAAUCCCCCAAUGAGAGGCAUAGGGGAUAUCGACUCCUGGUCCUGAAUAAUGACUAGUGGGCCAAGAUAUAUGGACCUUAGUGUUGGGUUCACCGACGGUCGGGCCCAAAUUAACCCAAACAACUGCGCUCAGUUGACUUGUGGCUUCAUUCAUUAAUUCCUUGUUCUUCCAUUUUUCCUUCUUUCAAUUUUCACUAUUAAUUUCCCCUCAACAUUUAAUUGGCUUUGCGUUGAUUGUUAAUAGCGAAUUGUCUCAUUAUAUAGAUAAAGUGUUUAAAAUUUG